GGACUAGUUUUAAGGAAUUUCCUUCGCAGCUGGUCCGCGGUCGUUUCAGGGGCCCAAAUUCUCGUCAGCCAAGGACGGCGGUAAAUUAGGAACCCUGAUUGGCUGCAUCGUAACAGGAAGCUUGCACUCUGAUUGGUGAUGAGUGCUAGCCCCCAACACUGAUGCUCUAGGCAUACCGUUCAAUAUCCGCCUCGGCGUAAAUCAUUAUGAGACAGCACGGUAUUUAAUGGAUCAACCUCCCCAACAAAUUUUGCUUCUUGUCAGAUACUGUUCUACUUGGAUACUGUUCUACUUGGUUCAAUUUUUUUUUAAUUUUUUUUUUUAAAAACAUUUCAAGAUUUAUUUCCCCCUCCACAGCAAUCCCCUCCCGACUUGCCUGCCAAGGUAACAUGCCGCUUCCAAAUGACUUCGUUCUCAUCCAUCUGCUUCCCCUUGGAGCUGGUGCCCUGGCUCUUUACUACGUUGCCUCUUCCUUCGCAACCUGGUUCCGUCUGCGCCAUGUCCCCGGCCCGUUCCUGGCGUCCUUCUCAUAUUCAUGGUUGAUGAGGAACAACUUCCUCGGCAUAUCAAGCACUCAGCUACUGAGCCUAAAAAAGUACGGGUCUGUUGUGCGUGUUGGGCCAAAUUACGUCCUCACCGACGACCCGGCUGCUCUGCGGCGCAUCUCGGGCGCCCGGAGCACAUAUGGCCGAGACGCCUCUUGGUGGGCAGGACUGCGAAUCGAUCCUCGACAGGACAACAUGCUCACCACGGUCGACACAGCCGCGCAUGACCGGCUCAAGGCGCAGACGGCAAACGGGUACAACGGCCGUGACAAGGUCGAUAUCGAAGGCGGCACUGACGCGCAGAUCGCGAAGCUCAAGGCCCUGAUCCGCCGCCACUAUCUCUCCACGCCCGCCGAGCUGCGCAGCGUAGACUUGGUCUGGAUCAUUCGCUUCUUCACCCUGGACGCCGUCACCUCUCUUGCCUACGGCGAGCCGUUUGGAUACCUGGAAGCAAACCAGGAUCUCUUUGGUUUCAACAAGCAGGUCGACGAGCUUAGCAAGCCGAUGAGCGUCAUGAUCGACACGCCCGUUCUGCGCGCCUUGGGCAAUUCUCCGCUGGCGCCCCACAUCAUGCCUAAGGUCACGGAUAAAAAGGGGAUGGGCAGGUUGAUUGCUCUAGGACAGGAAUUUGUCGCGAGGCAUUUUUCGUCUGGUGCUGCUGACUCGAAGGAUAUGGUUGGAUCAUUCAUUCGCCAUGGGCUUUCGCGAGAGCAAUGCGAGGCCGAGUGUGUCGUGCAAAUCAUUGCAGGGUCUGACACGACGGGCACGACAAUACGCACCGCACUCUUGUUCGUCCUCGCGACGCCGCGGAUCUAUAUUCGUUUCAUGGAAGAAGCCAGGUCGGCCAUCAAAACGGGGCAUGUGUCAUCAUCUAGGCCCAUUACUCACAACCAGGGCAUGAAACUGCCAUAUUUACAGGCCAUCAUCUACGAGGCCAUUCGGGUCCGGCCCCCCGCGCUGUAUGGACAUUUCAAGAGCGUCCCAAAAGGAGGCGACACGGUGAACGGCGUGUUCCUGCCCGCUGGGACCGCGAUCGGACAUAACCUGUUCGGCUUGAUGAUGUCCGAGGACAUAUUUGGAUCGGACGCCGAGAUCUACCGCCCGGAGCGGUUCCUUGAGUGCGAUGCCGCCAAGAGGACUGAGAUGGAACGGGUGGUGGAACUUGCGUUCGGCACGGGACGAUGGAUGUGUGCAGGAAAGCUUGUCGCUUUCACCCAGCUGUACAAGGUCGUCUUUGAGCUGCUGAGAACCUUUGAGAUUCAACUCAUGCAUCCUGGGAGACCCUGGGAGGAAAGUUCGGCGAUAUUCUGGCACCAAUCCAAUAUGGUGGUGAGGAUUACGGAGCCUGUGAGCUUAUGAGAGCGGGCGUCGAUGAUGUCAGUUACUGACAGUGUGUCGUAUCUGCCUUUAGUUCAAGAAGUGUAAUAUCAAGCCUCAACUCAUGAAUCGGAACUCUGAUAACCGAGCCAAGGAAAAUAAAAAUUUCUG